AUGGGGCAGCAGGGACAGGGAUAUGGCUACUACAGGACAAUCAUCUUUAGUGCCAUGUUUAUGGGAUAUACGUUGUACUAUUUUAAUCGAAAGACAUUCUCUUUUGUCAUGCCAUCUAUAAUGCAAGAAAUCAAGCUUGACAAGGAUGAUUUGGGUUUGAUUACAAGCAGCCAAUCAGCGGCCUAUGCAGUCAGCAAGUUCAUCAGUGGAGUCCUAUCUGAUCAGAUAAGUGCCCGCUGGCUUUUCUCUUCAGGUCUCUGUUUAGUGGGCUUAGUGAAUGUUGUAUUCUCGUGGAGCUCCAGCGUGUCAGUCUUUGCUAUACUAUGGUUCUUCAAUGGACUGGCACAGGGAUUUGGAUGGCCACCCUGUGGGAAGGUGCUCCGUAAGUGGUUUGAGCCUUCGCAGUUUGGCACAUGGUGGGCGGUUUUAUCUUGCAGCAUGAAUCUUGCAGGCACCCUUGGUCCUAUCAUUGCAACCCUUGUCGCAGCUAGUUAUAGCUGGCGCAGCACUCUUUCAAUGUCAGGUCUGAUCUGUGUUGCAGCCUCUGUAGUGUGCCUUAUACUCAUUAAAAAUGAGCCAUCAGAUGUGGGUCUGAAGAAUAUUGAAGAAGGACCCAAAAAAGGAAAGAAAGGUUCUGGAGCUACAGAUGAGACUACACUGAAGGAGUUUCUGCUGUCUCCAUACCUGUGGUUGCUGUGUACUGGGUACUUGGUUGUGUUUGGAGUAAAGACAUGUUGUACAGACUGGGGUCAGCUCUUUCUGAUUCAAGAUAAAGGGCAGUCUGCUUUAAUAGGAAGUUCCUACAUGAGUGCUCUAGAGAUUGGAGGUCUUGUAGGCAGCAUCUUAGCAGGAUUGCUAUCUGACCGAGCAGUGGCAAAAGUAGGGUUAAAGAGCCAUGGUAAUCCGCGUCAUGGUUUACUUUUGUCUAUGAUGGCUGGAAUAGUGGGCUCCAUGUUUCUGUUCCGUAUUACAGUGACUCCUGGAUCACCCAAGGUAUGGAUUCUCUUCCUAGGAGCCGUAUUUGGCUUUUGCUCAUAUGGACCUAUUGCUCUCUUUGGAGUUAUUGCCAAUGAAAGUGCUCCCUCUAACUUCUGUGGCACUUCACAUGCAAUUGUGGCUCUUUCUGCUAACGUUGGAGGAUUUCUUGCAGGAUUACCCUUCAGCACUGUUGCCAAAUAUUAUGGAUGGGACACAGCAUUCUGGGUAGCUGAGAUGAUCUGUUUGGCAGUCACAAUAGUCUUCUUUCUUCUGAGGAACAUCCAGACUAAAAUGGGACGUCUGCCCAAGAAGUCAGACUGA